ACGAGCACGAGCACGAGCACUAGCCGAGGCUUCGUCCAGGUUCCGCAGUCAGGAAGUGAAAGUAUACGCAUGGAGGGUGUGUCUUUCCCUUCCUGACUAUGUUUAAUUUUUAAUAACACGGGCCUCCUUGGAUACAUUAAUGGGCGACUCGGCGAGGACCAAGCGGCGGGAGCAGCUAAAGCGCUGGGCGGGUUCCUGCACCGACAAAACGUCGGCCUUGCCCCGGCGGAGAUGGCGAGGCGACGCCGUAGAAAGAGGAACCGAGGAGCCGCAGGCCGAGCUGCGGCGGCCGCCAAGUGAGGAACCCGUUUCGAAGGGCGACGAAAGCAGCCCGCUCCUCAAGAGACGAAAAAGGGUGAGGUUUGACAGAGCUGCAGAGUUUCUGGCUGCGUGUGCCAGCGGGGACACAGAGGAAGCCCAAGUGAUGCUCCAAGAAGCCAAGGAGAUGAUGAGCAACAACAAAGAGGACGGGACAGAAAUUAUUAACUGCUCCAAUGCUGACGGAAUAACUGCAUUACAUCAGGCCUGCAUUGAUGGUAGCAUGGAGAUGGUCUCUUUUCUUCUGGAGCAUGGUGCCAAUGUGAACCAGGUUGACAGUGAGGGGUGGACAGCCCUGCACGUAGCUGCUUCCUGCGGCUACCGCGACAUAGCAGAUUUCCUUUUGCGGCAUGGUGCUUCUCUCUCUGCUGUCAACUGUGAUGGUGAUGUUCCUGUGGACAUCGCUCUGGACGAAACCACUGAGGCUCUUCUCCAGGAAUACACUCUAAGACAAGGUGUGGACUUGGAGGCAGUAAAGCGUGUAGAGGAGGAGCAUAUCACGACAGAUGCUCGGACCUGGCUGAGUGAGGGACCACCUGCUGACGUACGACAUCCCAGGACUGGAGCCACUCCUCUACACGUGGCUGCGGCCAAAGGCUACGUGGAAGCUCUCAAGCUACUGUGUCAGUGUGGGCUGGAUGUGUCUGCUAUGGACUUAGACGGGUGGACUCCUCUUCAUGCUGCUGCACACUGGGGUCAGGGGGAGGCCUGUCACAUUUUAGCUGAACAGAUGUGCAAUAUGGAAGCCCGCAGCAGCGCCGGUCAGACGCCUUUGGAUGUUGCAGAUGAAAGUGUGGAGGAGCUCCUGGAGGAUUUAGCUCAGAAACAAGCCAAUUGGCGUAACGAGCAGUCCAUACGAGAACGGCAAAACCAACAAGGUGCUACCGCUGUAAAUGCACAAAAUAAAAAACGGAGGAGCUCAGUGUGCAGGAUGAGCAGUAAAGACAAGCUGAACUUGCAGGACCAGUCUAAAGAGAGGGGUGUCUCGGGAGGCCUGGAGCUGAGCGAGGACAAGGAGAGCAGUCCCGAGAGUUCCACUGUGUCCAGUCCAGACACAGAGAGUGGGUUCACAUCUGCAGCCAGUCCAGCUGACAAGAAAUCAGACGAGAGAGGUGGGGAGGAAGAUAAGGAACAGGACAAGAGUGUUCGCACUGCUAGAGUCCAGCCAACGCCUCAUGCACGGGACAAUACGUCUGAGAGUCCCAGCACACCUACUACUGAGCGGCGCAAGUUUCAGGCACCAGUCAGAGAUGAGGAGUCUGAGUCUCAGAGGAAAGCUCGCUCUCGACUCUUGCGCCAGUCCCGCCGCUCGACUCAGGGUGUGACCCUAACAGACCUAAAGGAAGCUGAGAAGACUGUCUCUAAAGCUGCUGAUCCCCUGCCUCGUAACAUUCAGCCUGUCAGCCCCAUCAUCUCUUUCACGCCUGCUGAGAGGGAUACAGACCCAGUAAAACAGGAAGAGCCCGACGGAGACAAGCGUCUGGGAGUGAAGGACAGGAGGCGAGCGAGGAAAGAGAGGCGCUCCACCGGCAUCAUUCAGCCGGGCGGCGAGAAUGACGACGAGGAUUUGGAUGAUCCAAUAAAUAGCAACGCCUCCACUGCGAUCGGGUUGGGGAACGCUGACUAUAGGAUGCUCUACUUCCAGGUACUGCAGCAGAACCUGGCACUGAAGGACAAACUGCAGGAGAUGGAACUGCUGCUGAGCCAAAAUAAAGUGGACUUGGAGAGACUCAGACAGAAUCAAGAUGGCAGCACAGAGAGACCUGCCCUGUUGGAGCUGGAGAGAUUUGAGAAGUUGGCCCUCCAGAGGAGAGCAGUGGAACUGGAAGAAGACUUGAAGGUUCUGGGAGACCUGAAAGCAGACAACCAGCGGCUGAAGGAUGAGAAUGCUGCCCUCAUCCGAGUCAUCAGCAAACUCUCCAGAUGAAUCCUAAAAAAACCCUAAUCCUAAAAAAAAAACCUUAAUGUAUUACAGGGGAGUUGACUCACAUCUAUGUCAAACACAUCCAAGGGUAACUGAACAGAAUUUCAGGGCUAUUGCAGAAUCACUGUAUGACAAGCUGAAGUGCACCUUCUGUGGACUGGGGUGUGCUCCUGUUCACAUCCUCUUUUCUAUUCUGUUUUGUGGUUUUUGUUUUUAACUGGAACAUUUGAAAUACUUCGGUCCGUUUUUGUAUAAACGUGUGUUGAGAGACUAAAAGCCAUGCUGAAUAAUAUUUUUGACAUUUAGAAUGGGUGAAGAGAAGUACUGCUGUCGGUGAUUAGGAAAAGAACAAAUGGAAAUGUGCCAAAUCCUGCCCAAAUUUGAAUGAAUGUUGAGUGGACCGUGUUGUUCCUCAGAAUGGACCAAAUGUGUAAAUGUUUAGCUCAGUGUGUGUCUAUAAAUGGUGUACAGGCAAGAACAUUAGCAUUUGACAUCAUUGUCAUUUCAUAUUGAGUUGGAGGCUUCUGAAAACAACUUGGAAGCUAAGGACAACAGUCACCUUGUGAUGGAUUUCUACUGUUCAGUAGACAAGGCCAGAUGCAAGGCCUUCUACUGUUUACUGUACUGUCAUUUAAAGAAACAUUUCAUGUAAUACUGUGCCUUUCUGUGUUUUAUGGCAUAAUGUUAUGCACAAACAAUGAUUCUGACUUCUGUUGGUGCAAAUAAGUUCAUGAAAAACUGCCCCCCCCCCAAAAAAAAACAAGUCUUUCUUGUUUCUUGGGAGUUCUAAAACGUGUGUGUGCAGUUGUUCCAGUCAAACCACGUUAAGAGUCCAAGCUGAGCAAAAUCUUUAUUGACCAAGAAUAAUCACAAAUGAUAUCAUGUACAACCCCACCAGCAUGCCAGUGAUUUCAUAGAAACUAUACAAUGUGAAGGAAUGUAUGGCGCAGGAAUACAUAGCUUAUGUUAAAACAACAAAGAAGCUACAUCCAAAUGCUCAGUUCAUUUAGGGUUUGUGUUACCAGUCAUUUCUUCCAAAACAGUCUUCAUAUGAAUUACUGAGUUAAGUGGUAUGACCCUUGUCACUGUGUUUAAAAAAAAAAAAAGCUAGCAGCUGAUACUACUGCCAUCAGCAGCAGACACCGCCAGCUCAGGUGGUGUUGCAGGGAGCACGUGUACAUUAAGGCAAAUGAGGACCACCACCAAAGCAAACGAGAGAAACAUUUGUGAGUUUUCUUUACGUGAGCAUUUGCGAUAAGGCCACAGGCUUCUUAUUUUCUCCAAUUCUGAACAUUCAUGACCCUGCAAUUAUAAGGGUUGAUUUGGGGCGCAUUGGCCGGGUGCCCAGCCAACAAGUUACCUGUCAAAUCAAUCUCUACUUCAACAGGGCUACGGGUGGGUGUUACAUUGAUAGCGAAGUGAGCCCUUGACUUGUCAGGCUACCUGGCACCAAACUCCACCCGGGGCAGUUUUUGAUGACCAAUAUUCUUGAGCAACACUUCCCAUUUUAAGAGGGGGCGUAUGACUACAUGUAGAGCAGCUCUGAAUGAAGGCAGGUAUUGGUCAUUAUAUCAAAAGACAGCAAGCACGUGGACAACGGAAUGAUGGAUGUGGUGGGGAGACAGCUGAUUAUCAGUGAUGUCGACACAGUCACAGUCACACAACCAGUGAUACAACUAGAUAGAAAGGCAAACUAAGCUGAUUGUACACUUGCUUUAACCAUGUACUUCAUUGGGAGGAAGACACCAUUCUGAAGAAGCAGAUCUUGAUUUCGACCCGCAAAAUGAACAGAGAGGAGUAAAGCUGGGGGGAAGGUUUGAGGUUCCAUCAAACAAAGCUUAAUGAGGUGAUGUGAUUGGAUGGUUGCUUGAAUGGACGGGGGAAAGUGCUGCUACUGAUGCUAAGAAUGUGAGGACUGUCAAGAGUGUUAAGCAGAUACAGACAUAAAGGCAUGAAGAAAUUAAAUGUAUGACAGUAUUUAUAAAAAAAAAAAAAAGGCCCAAAUGGCGGAAGGAGACUGCAGUAUUGGGUGUCGGUGCAGCGGGCGUCUCGUGACACACAACUGGUAGACAUCUUUGACUCGCCACCCACUGAAAGGCCGCUUAGUCUUUCCAGUCUUUCUUGAUGUUGAGGUUCCACUCCCAACUCAGGUGGUCGUGCUUGUCGUCAUCAGUAAAUUUGGAUUUGAUGACGUAGUUGCCGCGGGCCAUUAGGCCUUGAGGAGCCUCCUCCACGGUGGUCAGAAAGUCAUAUGCAGCAGGGCGGGGCCCAUAGCUGCCCACCAUGUAGUCAGAUUUGUCAACUGCAGACACAGAUCAAAGUGGAUUACAAGGGAAAGUGACGGGGUGUAAUACAGCGGUUGAAAUAAUAAUGAUUUUCAUGCCCAGUUAUACUGUAGUUCAUACAGCCGUUAGCACAUUCCUAACAGUAAACGUUUUAUCUUGGCAAUCAUUUUAGAAGACAGUGCACUAUGUGACGUCGGGCAGCUACGCCUGAGCGAUC